AUGUCGCGAGCCAGAUCCAUCUCGUUACCAGCUGAGAAUUCUGCUGGUCCAACCGUGCAACAUGACAUGUCAGCCCACCUGGAAGGUGACCUCCCUCUAGGACUUUUGUUUCGCGUUCAUCCCGGAGUUCUCAAUGUCCAUCUGUCGUCGUCCUUCUCAUUAUGUGACGACGUUCUGUUCGUCUCUAAAGCAAAAUAUUGA